AUGUGCCGUGCACGUCCAAAAGAGGAAGUCGGUAACUGGUCGCUUGGAUACCUGGCCGGAACCCAGGGAAGGGAGAUUGGCUAUUCAAUGGCCAAGGCGGAGAGGCGAAGUUGGUGUAACGUGCUUCCAUGUUCCAAGCGUUCCGUCUACGAAGAAGGUUCCAUGGGAUCUUGGUCCAUCUAUUCCCAAGUACUUCCCGCUGCCAGUGGAAGCGACAGCGACGACGCGGUGGGCCCAAGCGACGCUGCGAAUGGGAACCUGCGCCUGCCUAAACGGGGCUACUUCUCGAUUGCUGACACAAACGCUGAAGUCUAUUCACGCGCUGGUGACAAAUUUGACCCAGCGAAAAAGGGCGGCCGCUAUAAGCCGGAGUUCAUUUGGAACACGGACUGGCAGACUGCGCUGGAGCGCGAGGAGUCCCUCCGGCGCAAGGUCGAGGAGGCGCGCGCCCGACCGCAAACGCCUUCCAGCGGCUUCCUCAGCCUCUCCCGUGUUGCCGAUCUUGACCGCAUGGAUGUGGACCUGUCGGAGAUGAUUUUGCGGAAACGCAAAGAAGAAGCAGAGGCUGCGGAAGCGGCGGAGGCGACUGCUCGCCAGGCCCAGGCCUCUACCUCUGGCAACAUCAGCAGAGGCGGCUCCUCCAGCUCUACCACGCAACCAAAAUCCAACAAAGUCGUGCCCGUUUUUACACGUAAGGAGGCCGCGCGGCUGGGCCGGGUCAGCAAGUCGAUGGCACGCACCGCCGUUGUCGUAGAGGUUCCGGAGCUGGAUGCGGAAAAAGCACGACAGGCAGAGCUCGAACGACAGCAGUAUGAACAGCUCAAAGUCGAGCAGCAGGUCUGGACGCUGGCCUUUUCCGUCGCGGGCUUUACGAUGACGUACGUAUCUUACAGCAUGGAUGUGGCAGUGAGCUAUGUGGUGGGCGCGCUGGGCGGCUUUGCGUACCUGCGCCUUCUGAGCAAGUCGGUGGAUGCGGUGGGCGCUGACGGCGUGCAGUCUGGGGUGAACAGUAUUACCAGCCAGCCGCGCCUGCUGAUUCCGAUCAUUUUGGGGCUGGGCUACAACCGCUUUAACCAACUGUAUUCGGAGCAGCUUGGCGUGCAUCUAGAGCUCCUGCCCAUGCUGGUGGGCUUCUUUACGUACAAGCUAGCGGUGAUUACGCGCCAGUACAAGGACGUGUUCGAUGGCAAAGUAUAG